AUGGUUUUAUUUGAAAAUGAAUGGUUUAUACAAGCUCCAUGGGGAAGAAUAUGCAUUGUGGCAUGGGGAGACUGCAGAGAUCCACCAGUUUUAGUUUGCCAUGGAAAUAUUGAUUCUGCAGCAUGUUUUAGGCCCCUCAUUGCCCUGUUGCCGAAGAACUUCUAUUAUGUAGGCAUGGAGUUGCCCGGAAAUGGGAAAUCUGACCACUUCCCUCCCGGAAUGAUCAUCAGCUCGUACGAUAUGAUGUACUCUAUUGUGGUUGUUGCAAGGCAUUUUAGAUGGGAGAAGUUCAUUUACUUGGCACACUCUUUCGGAAGCACCUUAGGCAAAAUGUACGCGCUCGCAUUUCCAGGCAAGCUGUCGAAGUUAAUCGAAAUAGACCCAAUCAAUCAAGUUAUGACAAUACCUCCUAAAGCUUUCACUUUAUGGUUUCAGAAAACUUUCUCCGAAUACGUCAAUAAGUAUGACAAGUAUGAUAUAGCGAAGGGGCUCGGCCCAACAUACAAAAAGGAUGAGGCCAUAGAGAAACUUGUUACAAAUAGAAGCCUCACGAAGGAGACAGCCUCAGCGACCAUUGAGAGAUGGACAAAGCCCGUUGGGGACGGACUUAUUAAGUAUAUGUUCGACCAGCGUCUUAAAAUAUUGGUUCACUAUCCAAUGUCAACUGUUUUAUUGAAAGAGCUGUAUACAAGCAUUGAAACGCCAACACUUACGAUAGUCGCAAAAGAGUCUCUAGACAACGGCUCUUAUAAACAUUCUAAGUUUUUGCUGGACGAGAAGUUGUUUCCAGCUGGUAAUUGUAGAGUUAAGAUAGUUAUGGGGCACCAUGAUAUUCAUGUAGUGCAUCCUGAGAGGAUGGCCCCAUACAUUUCCAAUUUUUUAUUGUAUGGAUUGAAUGGAUUGGAUGAAAAAGCCAGAUUA